UUGACGGUCUCGAUUAAUAUUAUCGAGCAUAGAAAUAGAACGCAUAGAACGCCCCGCACACCAUCGUUGUUUCAACCAGGGAGUUCGAGACAACAAGAGAGAGAAGUAAGAGCCACCCAAAUAACAUCAGAGGAAUAAAGCGACCGAAGACAGGCUGCGAUAAACAUAGCUGUAUAUAGCUUAGCACGCAUGCUAACGUUGGCUUCUAGUUAGCUAGCUACGUCGCAACGGCCACGCAGAGAACAACAUCAGAAGGCGAUAGUUAGAAGACAGUGUUUACAACUGUAUUUCAAUGGUAUUUUUACAUAAAAGCAGGUUCGAGCAUUAUGUCCUGCUCUGGUAACCUGGUUUGGGAUGUUAACAAGCGUUCCAUUGGAUAUAAUGACCCGAAUGCUGUCAGGAUCAACUACUUAGGGAGAAGAGAAUUUGUCCAGCGGCUGAAACUCGAAGCGACACUCAAUGUGCACGAUGGCUGUGUCAAUACUAUAUCCUGGAACGAUACCGGGGAGUACAUCUUGUCAGGGUCGGACGAUACCAACCUGGUCAUCACAAACCCAUACAACAGAAAGGUCAAGGCAACCAUACGGUCGGGUCACCGGGCGAACAUCUUCAGUGCGAAGUUCAUGCCUCAGACCAGUGACCAGCAGAUCAUCUCGUGCUCUGGGGAUGGUAUCAUCUACUACACCCACACAGAGAAGAGCCCCGACAUCAAUCGGCAGUGCCAGUUCACCUGCCACUACGGAACAGCCUACGAGAUUAUGACGGUACCCAACGACCCCUAUACGUUCCUGUCGUGUGGGGAGGACGGCACCGUGCGCUGGUUUGACCUGCGCACUAAGACCAGCUGUACUAAAGAGGACUGCAAAGAUGACAUCCUGAUCAACUGUCGGCGGGCGGCGACAUCUAUCUCCAUCAGUCCGCUGGUGCCCUAUUACCUGGCGGUGGGCUGCUCUGACAGCUCCGUACGCAUCUAUGACAGACGCAUGCUGGGCACCAGGGCUACGGGGAACUACAUGGGCCGUGGAACGACGGGCAUGUGUGUGCGCUUCGUUCCGGCCCACCUGUCCAACAAGUCGUGUCGCGUGACUUCACUCUGCUACAGCGGGGACGGACAGGAGGUGUUGGUCAGCUACUCUUCAGACUACGUCUACCUGUUUGACCCCAAUAAUGACCAGGCCCGAGAACUGAAGGGUCCGUCCGAGGAGAGGAGGGAGGAGCUGCGGCAACCCCCAGUGAAGCGUCUCCGUUUACGAGGUGACUGGUCUGACACCGGUCCACGAGCUCGUCCUGAGAGCGAGAGAGAGCGGGACGGAGAGCAGAGUCCCAACGUGUCGCUGAUGCAGAGAAUGUCGGACAUGUUGUCCCGCUGGUUUGAGGAGGCCAGCGAGGCCCAGGGCAGCCGGGGGACCACACGCCCUCAGACACGCCCUCAGACACGCCCUACAGGCACUCUUCCUCGGAUAGAGGGGGCCCCCACCAUCCCAACACUCCCUACCAUACCCCCUCCACAAGCUGCCAGAGCCCAAGAGGGCUCUGUGGAAAUGGAGGCCACCGCCGUCAACCCUGUACCUGUUCCCAUCUCCAAGUCCGCCUCCUCCUCAGGGUCAUCGUCAACGGUUACAGCACAUCCUCCAUCAACCUCAUCCAUGGAAAGCUCGGUGAUUCCCUCAUGCGCCCUCACCUCUUCCCCAGAUUCAGAGCAGAGGAGUCAGGCAGACACGGCUGUGACCUCCACGCCAACACCCACACCCACCGCAGAGGCCACACUGUCUGAGUACGGCCCUCAUCGGCUGCCAGUAAGUUUAGUGUGUAGGCGCUUGCAGCGGCUGCUCCUGUUGGCCGACCCCCCAGGACAGAGUCAAGCCUCUUCCUCCACCGCAGGCACUGAGAGCCAAUCACAGGGGGCUGUUGCUGCUGCCACCAAGAUGGCCCCCCCUACAGAUUCUCCCUCGUCUGUGGUUAACAAACAGCUGGGAUCCAUGACUCUGGAUGAGCAGCAGGGAGCAUCAGAAGCUGUGAGUGCUGGAGCGAGUUCGGUCAAAGUGAAAACUCUGUCUGCGUCUGCCAGUGUAACUGGCACCUCGUCUGUGUCCGGGGCACCCAGCAGCAGUACUGGACCUGGAGGUAGCCGAGCCAGCACGGCAGAACCCGUCCUGAGUCUACACUACAGCACUGAGGGAACCACCACCAGCACCAUCAAACUGGACUUCACCGACGAGUGGAGCCGCAGAGCUCCUAGUUCCAGGAGCAGCGGAGCAUCCAGUUCCAGGGGCAGCGGAGUCUCCAGUGGAGAGUCCAAACCGUCAGAGGCAGCAGGGGCCGCCCAGACCAGGGAAGGGCCCUUGGCAGAGAGCUCUGCCUCAGAGAAGGUGGCUGUGUCGGAGCCCUCCGGCCAGAGCAGGUCUGCUGCUUCCCACACAGACCCACUGUGUGAGGCUGGGGGUGCCUCCUUCUCCAGCACCCAGGGCUCCACACAGGCCCAGGCCACAGCACAAGCCUCCUCUGUGGGGGAUUGUGUGACUACCAUACCCCUGGAGAGGAACCAGGGUGUGGGUGCGGAGGACACCACUGGGGGGGUGCAGGAGAGAGGAGCCUGGGUUCCAACGGGACCGGGAGGACAGGGUCAACCCUCCCGUAGCCACCAGGACUCAGACGACAGUGAUGACGAUCCAAUUCUUAUCCCCUCUGCGAGGUACAGAGGAGGACAGGGACAGAGAUCUAAUUUCAGAGGAUCAGCGGUAGGAGAUAGGAUGAUCAGACGCUCAGCUGCGGCCCGUAUCCAGGAACUGUUUCGUCGGAGGAAGGAGAGGAGAGAGAUGGAGGAGAGUGAGACCCAAAAUAUCAGGAGACCCUCAGUCAAAAUGGUCUACAAGGGCCACCGCAACUCCAGGACUAUGAUCAAGGAGUCGUGUUUCUGGGGGAACAACUUUGUGAUGAGUGGUUCAGACUGUGGCCACAUCUUCAUCUGGGACAGACACACGGGUGAGCACCUGAUGCUGCUGGAGGCCGACAAUCACGUAGUCAACUGUCUCCAGCCGCACCCCUACGACCCCAUUCUUGCUUCGUCAGGGAUCGACUACGACAUUAAGAUCUGGUCACCUCUGGAGGCGUCUCCAUCCUUUAACAGAGUCCUAGCUGAUGAGGUGAUCACGCGUAAUGAGUUGAUGCUUGAGGAGACCAGGAACACCAUCACAGUCCCCGCCUCCUUCAUGCUGCGAAUGCUGGCCUCCCUUAAUCACAUAAGAACGGAUCGCUUGGAGGGUGACCGCUCAGAAGGUUCUGGACAGGAGAACGAGGAUGACCAGUAGCUGCCCGAACACCAUUUUAUUGGAAAAAGAAAACACCAUUUUUCUUUUGCUCUAAAAAGCACUUGAAGAUCUUGAGAUUUGUACAAGUAGAAUAUUUCUUUAUCUGAGCAUUAGUUACAUUUUUAGCUCUUCUUUUUUAAGAUGACUUUCUUACUGGUGUGUCUGUAUGAGAACUGCAUUUGAGGAAAAAAGUGUGUGAAUGCAAGCGCAAAGCCAGACGUGUGUGUGUGUGUGUGUGUGUGUGUGUGUGUGUGUGUGUGUGUGUGUGUGUGUGUGUGUGUGUGUGUGUGUGUGUGUGUGUGUGUGUGUG